UUAUCAAUAAUUGGAAAUUAUAUAAAAGUCGUCAACCUCGCGCCAACGAUUUAACGAGCGGUAGAAAUCCAAAAGUAAACAUAUUUCAUUUAGAUAAGGAAGUACCUGAGACCCACAGCUCGAAUUAUAACGCCAAAGAACGUACAGAAAUGAUGACUAACGACAUUGAAAUUUAGAAUGGCUAGGUUAAUAGCCCCACGGUGGCCGAUCUCGCUUUCGUCGGAUUUCAUAGUUGCAUAAAUAUUCCGGACGGUAAAAACUCCAAGUUUAAAAGCGUGAGAAUUAUCAAAGAUAGAUUUGAUCGUUGAAGUUGGGCUUCUGAACAAUUUGUGCAGCAUACUUACUGACUCAUGCUCAGGGGAUCAGAACACUUGAAUUCUAGCGAUUGGUUCUCUAAUGUUUUGGAGCAAGACGAAAGCGUUGCUGCCUGCCGCAAAGAGCCCGACGGUGCUCUUUCCAAACGCGACAGCUCUCACUCUGCCGGCUCUGGCGGCGGGCAAUCACAAAAGCAGUCGCCCCAAAUGAGUGAGCGCCACUCGCCAGCGGGAGCAGUUCGGCGUUGGAGCUCAGUACCCGCGAUCGCGCAGUUGGAACCGAAAUAGAAACGGAAAUCGAAGCAGAAGCACGCGGCACGCGGAAAACGGGUCGGACGACAAGCAAAACAAACCCCAAUUAGAAUCAGAUAUUAAUAGGAAACCAAGCGCAAGCACACAACAAUAAAAGGCUGUCUAUGCACCAACAAAUCAAGAAUAUUUAAAACUUAAAGAAUGGCUGACACGGAAGAAGUUCCUAAGAAAGUACCACGCUUAGGGAUGCGACACCUGCAGGCGGGGCUCCUCUUCUAUGGACUGGCAGCCAACACAGUGCUCCAACUAAACGUAAGCGUGGCCGUGGUGGCGAUGACCAAUGGGACCUCAUCGAUCGACAGCGACCCGCCCCACUACAACUGGUCGGAGGAAAAGAAGUCGUACAUCCUGUCCAGCUACUACUGGGGCUGUGCUCUGGCCCAAUUCCCCGCGGGCUAUCUCUGCAAGCGCUUCGGCUCCAAGGCGGUCCUCUUCUGGGGCACUUUGGGAUCAUCCCUCCUCAGUGCCCUUACAACCUACGGGGUUUAUGCUGCCGGCUGGAAGGCGUACUGCGCCAUUCGUCUGCUGCAGGGUCUUUGCCAGGUGACCUGGCCCUGCAUCCACCAGCACUUGGCUAACUGGUGUCCCACGGCGGAGCGAACGCGUUUGGGAGCGUUUGCCUACACGGGCUUUGAUUGCGGCAACGUGCUGGCCAUGUACGGCGCGGGAACGAUAGCCAGUUCCUCGCUUGGCUGGCCGGGCAUUAGCUACUCGGCGGCCGGGUUGGGCCUGGUUUGGUGCGUCCUCUGGUUGCUCCUGGGAGCCAAUAAGGCCAGUGAGGCCAGGUUCAUUGGCGAGGCCGAGAAGUCCUAUAUAGUGGGGGAUCUGCAGCGGUCGGAGAGGAAGGAGCCCAAGAAAAUGGAGAUUCCCUGGAAGGGCAUUUUCACCUCAGUCCCAGUCCUCGCCUUGCUCUGCGCUCGUGGUGCUGACAGCUGGGGCCUGACCACCAUGCAGACCGAGUUGCCAACCUACUUGAGCGGAGUCUUGAAGCUGGACAUGAAAAGCAAUGCGAUCUAUUCUGCCCUUCCCUUUCUACUCAUGUGGGUGAUGUGCUAUGUUUACCUGAUUAUUGCAGAUGUAGUGCUGCAAAAGGAAUGGAUGAGCUUGACAGCGUUGAGAAAGACCUACACGAGCAUUGCUCUUUGGGCACCGGCCUCCAUAAUGCUGACGCUCGUUUUUGUGGGGGAAGAGCAGAAGUCCUUGGUCCUCGUGCUGGUCACUCUCAGUGUGGGCGUGAGCAGUGCAGCCACGAUUGGCAGCGAGCUGAAUACAAUUGAUUUAUCACCAAACCACGCCGGGAUCCUGGCCGGCCUCAUGAGCAGCUUCACCAAUCUGAUGGCUCUGCUGACGCCCCUCGUGGUGGGCGUUUUGGUAACGGACCCCAGUCAGCGCAGCCAGUGGCAAGUGGUUUUUGGCCUGGCUGCCGGAGUUCUGUUUGCCGGGAAUGUGAUUUUCCUGGUUUGGGGCACUGCCGUGACCCAGCCGUGGAACGAGUCCAAGGAAUCGAGGCUAGAACUAGAGCCGGAGGAGAAGCUCUUUCAGCACACCAAACUCGAGAUAUCCGCCGAUGGUUCUGAUGGCAACGGAGUAGGCUUAAGACUGAACAGUACAAGCCCUUGAGAAAUAUAUUUAUGUUUUUAUUUCAAA